AUGUCUUACACAAUCGCCUCCGACCCGUCCCUCUCGCCGCCCAACGCGGCCGCCAUGAUCUCCUUCCUGGAGUCAUUCUACGCCACCAGCGACACGGAGUCCCGACACGACGCCUACGUCGAUAGUUUCGCCGAGGAUGCGACCCUCAUUAUGGGCCCUAAAGUUGCCAAGGGAUCGAGUGAAAUCCUCUCCCUCCGCCACGGCCUCUGGACGCACGUCGCGUCACGGAAACACUUCCCCGAACGGAUCUUCUUCGGCGGCGCCCAUGAGCUCAUGCUCUUCGGGACGGUCAAGUACGUGCUGAAAGCGGCCGGGAAGGAAGUGGAGGUGCCCUGGGCUGGACGGGUGGUGUUCGAUGAUAGGGAUGGGACGGAGGGGUUGAAGAUGAGGUUUUAUCAGGUUUAUUUGGAUCCGACGGCACAGUCGGGGAAGAAAUAG